AACGUCACCGCGCCGGUGCUCAAAUCAGUGACGUGGAUUUUCAUUGAGGCAGUCUGUGCUUCCAAAAUAACAGAUUGACCAACGUGUCAGGGCUGAUCCACUAACUUUCUUCACAUUUACGAGCAGGACGACUCUCUUUUCCGCUUCGUGUGUAAUAUUUAAUCCCACAAGAGUCACAGCUUUCCUAUCAGGUGAGUAAACGAUGUGAAAAGAUGGAGUUAGAGCUGGUUUCCUGCUCUCUGUUUGUGUCAAAAGUACACUCUGUUAAACUGUGAGGUUAAUUUGACGUUUUUUAACUCCUUCUCUGUCACAUUAACUUUACAGGGUGUUUCCAGAAUGAGUAAAAACAGUAAAGUAUUGAACCUGAAGGAUAAAAUCAGUGGAAAUGAACUGGACCUGAGCCUGUGUAACCUCACUGAGGUGCCAGUCAGAGAGCUGGUGAGUCACCAAUCUUAUGAAAGUCUCCAUUUGAAAAGGAAAUAAACCCUAUAUUUAUAGUAUUAUACAGGUUUACUUUAACUCUCAACCUCAAGCUGCAGUAUUGUGUUUGUAAUAGUCGUUGUCAUGGUGGUUACAUGUUAAAAAAAGUGGUUGUGUACUGUGAUUCAUCACUACAGGCGUUUUUCACCAAAGCAACAGUUCUGGACUUGUCCUGCAACAACAUCACCUCCCUUCCUGUAAGUACAAAUCAAUCCUGUUUUACCGAACACAACCUUUGGAUUCUUUCAUGUUUGCCUUUGUUAAAAGUGUCCUGAUAAAAAUAAAGUUUGCCUCUUUGACUUAAAGACAUGAUGUGUAUUGACCUUUAAAGUGAGAAAAUAGAAAUCUCUCUGAAAGUGAAAGUAAAAACUUAUUUUUGGUUUGUUGCUUAAAUCACACAAAAUGCAAAUAUGCACACGCUUCUAAAAAAUUAAGCUCAUGGAUCUGAAGCAUGACCUUAAACUGCUAAUCUCAGAGCAUAAUCCCAUCAUUUUGAAUCAUAGUUCUGCAAAUCUCUAAACACAAAUCAUAUCUUAAAGCCCACUUUGUUGCUCAAAAAGAACUGGUUUUCAAAAUAAAACACCCUGAUUGCUGAAAUUUAUGCCAUUGAGCUGAAAUUCUACCAGACACUAUCCCUCCCUCCCACGAAUACCAGAAAAUACGUCAACAUUUCUCUUCUUUUACUUCCUUAAUGUAGCCAGAGUUCUGCAACUUGACCCACCUGGUGAAGAUAGAUCUGAGUAAAAACCAGCUGACCGGUCUUCCAGAUGACCUGGGGAACCUGGACAACCUGCAACAUCUGGAUCUGUACAACAACAAGCUGACUGAGCUUCCUGUCAGCUUCUCUCAGCUCAAGGUUGGUGCCAAACAGAGGAGCAAGUUAUUCUUUAUUUUUCAUUUCUUUCCAUGACAUCGAUAAGAAAGUAAAUGCAUCUCAAAUCUUUAUUUGAAAUAGAAGGGAAACACUGAGUUUAACUCUGUCUAAAGGUGAAAUACCUGAAUGUAAAUGCUUACCUUUUUACACGUUAGCCCUCAGGGGUCAUUUUGAAAAAGUUAUGUUUAGGUCCUUAGAUGGACUAAAAUGUCCUUCUCCUAAAAGUGCUCUAAAAAAAUUAUACAGUGAUAUUUUUUUCAAAUAUUUUUUGCUUAAAUCUUUUAAUCAACUUCAUUCCUGAUCAUAUUGAUCAAAUAUUAACUCAUUUUCAUGAUUUUUAACCCUUUAAAUGCCAGUUUGACUACAUGAUGUCACUGUUAUUUUUAAUGGGGGAAAAAAAUGGAAUUUGGAGUUAUUUUCCAUAUAUUAGAUGCCUGGCGGGAAUUUCUUUGUUUUUUUUUGUUUUGUUGUUUUUUUUAUUAAGGUCUAUGAUGUGUCAAUAAUUAACAACAACAAUAAUUUUUUUUAGAUUAGAAGCAAAAAAAAAAAAGUCGUAAAAAAAGAAUAUAUAAUAUUUUCAUAGCACUUUUAGGAGAUGGACAUUUUUGUCCAUCGAAGGACCUAAAUGUUUAGUGUUUUUGUCACACAGUGAAUAUUGACCUGAUUUAAUAAUGGGAGGCCACAUUUUAAAAUUUGGAAAGAAAAAAAAAUCAUCCCAUUUGCAUUAUCACAGCCAAAAUGAUCAACAACUGAAAGGUAAAAAAUCACCAAAAUGGACAAAAAUAAUUCAUAAAAUAAGCAGCUGUGAGAAACUUUCUGUCUGUGUUGAAUUUGGCGCCCCCUGUGGUCACCAAGGGUUUACAAAAGGCUUUGACUGACAAGCAAAUACAAAGAUUGAAAAAAAGCAACUAACAAACAACAUAAUUAACCAAAUAUAUCAUAAAAAAACAUCAUUAAGGAAGAAAAACUGAGCAAUAACGAGAGAGAAGUGACCUGUUGAAAAGGAGUUUAGACAGCAAUGGAAUAAAAAUGGAUAGAAUUAUUUUUUAUAUCAAAGCACUUAAGUGUUUUUCCAUGUGUUAUUAGAGUCUGAAGUGGUUGGAUCUGAAGGAUAACCCUCUGGAGCCCGGUCUGGCCAAGGCAGCGGGAGACUGUCUGGAUGAGAAACAGUGCAAACAGUGCGCCACCAAGGUGAGAGAACGAGCAGGAGCAGGUAAUCAGCGUGAGGAGGUCAGAUACGGGGUCUGCAGAGUCUGUCACUGACAGUGUUUUUCUUUCAGGUUCUGCAGCACAUGAGAGGGAUCCAAGAGGAGGUCGAUCGAGCAAGAGAGAAACGCCUGCUGAGAGAAAAAGGUAAAAGCACGUAUUUUUAUAAAAGCUUCACUUUCUCUCCACCUAAACUGUCUUUGAUCAGAUAUUUCCUCCUUAAAAAAGUAAAAACAAAGCACCCAACCUUUACUUUAGAGUUACUUUAAUGUCCCGUCUUCAAUGUGACUGUGAUUUAGAGCUGGAGAAGAAGAGGGAGGCCAAGCAGAGGGAGCGGGAGGCCAGAGUGAAGGAGGCUCGUAAACGGGAGAAAGCCGAGGAGAAGGAGAAGAGGAGGAAAGAGUACAACGCUCAGGUGGCGGCUGCAGCUGCGCGGGAACAACAGAAGAAGAAGAAUGAAGAGAAGAAGAAGAAGAACGGACAGGUUGCAGGUGGGACUGAAGCUCUGGAGGUUUUUUUUUUUGUUUCCUCUGGAGUCGUUCUUACGUUUUCUUCUCUCUCUUUAUCACAGCGGAUAAAAAAGUCGUCAUAUCAGCGCCUAAACCUCAACGCUCCCUGGUUGGCCUCAUCUUUAAGCUCCUCCUCCUGCUGUGUCUUGGAUUGGCCGGAGUCGCCGCUGCAUGCCGACUGACUGACCUACAGAAAGAAGCCAUGUGUGUGCCGGUUAACCUCGCCGUUAAUGACGGUCUGUCCUGGGCUAAAGAGCAGGAGGUCGUGGUCAGACAGCUGCUGUCAAAUCUGUCCUCUGCAGCGAGGGAGUUUUUUGAAUCCGCACGAGCGUCAGAGAAUUAAAACGAUCACCCGUCUCCUUCGGCUUCAGGAGCUGCACGUUUCCCUCUCUAACCUGUGAAUCCUGGGGUUUGUCUUUUUUUAAAUCUGUUGAAAUCAUGAGUGUCAUUCAGACGGGCAUUCCUGCGCCCCCUCACCCUGAACGUGGUGCUGGAGUCUGUGCAGAAAAGUGAAGAGGGGUGGACUGAUGUGUUGAAAUCACCUUUUAAAUUCCUAUGGAAUUGUUGUCGCUCUUGUACCCUCUUUGUACUACAGCCUGUUUUUCAAAAAUAAACUCGUCUUGAACGCCUCCUCACCCACCAUGUUCUGCACUUUGACCUCCACCCUGAGUUGGUGCGUGUUUCCGUGCACUACAUGGCAGCUGGGGGGGGGGAGUGUUUGAGCGAUGUGGCCCUGUCCGUGCUGCACAGGAGUGUCGAGUCACAUGUUAACUGCCUGUCCGUGUCGUGCAUGAGCUGGUUGCGGAUGUGGCAUUCUGAGCAUGUGCAGUGAAGGCUGCGUGAAUGUAGAGCUCAGUCGUCUGUGAUCUCCUCCCUUAAAGUCUUAAAACAGUGAAACCAGCUAAAUCCCACUGCUAGUCUGCACCCUGAAUCAUCCAAACUGAGACAUGAAUUAAUCGACACGCGUGUUUUAUUUCUGCUGCAAAGAGAUGCCAAAGAUAUUCAAAACAAAAAUCAGAAACCAUCAGUCCUGUUAUGAUCUACUGACUCAGAAAUAAAGGUGCUAAUGAUCUUUCUGCUCACUCGCCGAUCCAUGAACUUCAACCUUCUGCUCUUAUCUGUCUUGAAAGAAACAAGAAAGGCAAAAAAAUGGCAUCAGAUUUUGUUUAAACUCCAAAAAAGGAAAUAUUUUUAUUCGCCUUAACAAUCUGGUGACACUAAGGCUCUAAUGUUCACAACUAAAAGGACUAAACUCACAGUCCUUUUGCCCUCGGAGUGUGCAGCAGCUGUUUUAUCAAAGUAUAACUACUUUAACAUUCCUCCUGUGUUAGCUUUUACUAUGCAUCCACCAUGUUAUGGGUUGGUUUUGACCUGUGUCUUAAAUCAGCUGUAAAUUACACUAAAAACAUUCCUCUAUCACACAAUUUGGUUCUCAUCUCUAGGUUACCUUGUUAGGCUUCAUUAUCCAUGAAAAUAUUGCUUAUACUAUUUUUCAUUGAGGGCUUCUGGACAUCUAUACUGACGUUGUUUUUUGUGCAGGGAAAACCAGGCAAAAUGAGAAUUUCCUAAAUCUCACAUGAUUGGAAGAGACCCUAACACAGGAGAAGAGAAGGGUUAAUGAGAUUAUUCUGUGCAUGAAAUACUAAACAGGCUGAGGUGGAUGGAUGAAGCUCCUGUAAGAGUUUAAAAGUUGUGAUUUUAAAGAUACAGUGUGGAGUAUUUAUCUGAACAGACCUGGUGGAAAUAAAAGAUAUUGAUAAAUGAAGCCUCCUGAUAAAAACUGAACAUGACUGAAUAUUAAACCGGACUUAAAAGACAUCCUUAAGAGCAAUCAUUUCAAUGCUCGUUAAGUUUUUAAGCGUACAACUUCCUUAGUUUCCAUCAGGUGUCAUAGUGCUGAUAUGGAUCUUGUAAAGCAGGUUUAAGGACGAUAAAACUCCACCAAUGAUCAAAAAACUAUCAGUGACUUCUUCUUUGAUUAAAUGAAUUAAAAGGAAAAAAAUUAGAUAUUUCAUUUUGUCAGGGCCAUCAUAAUUUAGACAGUUUAUCAUUUUAGAGGUUUUCGAACAACAGACUUGGGCAAGUUUAUAUCAGUGUAGAUUCAAUUUUGUAAACUUUUAUAAUUGACAUCAGGCGGCCCCCUCCAGAGGCUGCCAUGUUGCUACAGUGGCACAGAGUGGACAAACCUGUAACGUGCAUUUUGACUGCAUGUAAAACAUAGUUGGAAGACGACAAAGAAUUGUUGUCGUGCAACAAGACAGGCAGACAGGAGAGGUGAGCAAAGGAGGAUUUCAGUUUAGAUCUGACCACCAACUGUCACUAAAUACUGCCAAAUAUUACCAUUUUGACGCUCUGUACCUUAAAAUGCGCAGAACUGAAAGAAGUGAAUGAGAAAGUAAAUGAACACAGAUGCAAAUUUUGAGUAUUUGUUUUAUAUGUUUUGUUUUUUUCAGGUGAUCUGUCAUCUUAACACAAGCAGGGUUAUAACGCUUCUCUUUAAAACACUGACACAGCACCAGAUGUUAAAUUCAGCUUUAAUUCCUGGUAUUUGCACAUCUCAACCGUCUUUUUUUUCCUGCCGAAAUUAAUUUAUAAAACAAAUUCACACCCUAAAAAUGAGACCGGCUUGUUUUAAAGUUCUUUCACUGGUGGCUGUUGAAUUUAAAACGUAUUUUCAUUUGUUUUUUGGGUGUUUUUGCAGAAAGCUCUCUUUGCUGCUCUUUUACAGCUUUUGUUCAUGCUCAAUAAAUGGCGAUGCAUUGCAAGAUAUGCACUGUUAACUCUCUGGGUCUGCUCUCUUAUCACAGGGAUAAGACUUUGGAUCCAAAACCAGCAUGAGUCAAUUACAAAAACAUGCUUAGAAAUAAACACACCCAAAAGUUAACGUUAACUCAAACCCAGUUACUUCACAUUUCUUCGUUCUGGACAAUCACUGCGUCUCUCCAAUCUUUCAUCCCUCUGGCGCUGUAGUUGUGAGCGGCAGCGGGUCUCGAUAACUCAGCAGGUAAGAGUCACAGUCCACUGUUGGGAUAUUCAAAAGUCCAGACCCUGAAUAAAAAGAUAAUUCUACUUUUUUAGAUGUACAAAAAAAGUCUAAAAAUCAAAUCCUCUUAUUUAGAUUUAUACAGCUGGAUGACACACUGGGAGUUGUGUAUAAAUGCCCAUUUUUCAGCCCUAAAUGUUCUGAAAUCACAUAAUGGGAAGAGGAGGAAACAGCACAUUGUGGUUGAUGAGGAUAGGAGCAGAAUUAUGAACUUCCUUUUCAUAUGAGAGGCGUUCAAUUAAGCUCCUACAUUUGUUUCUGCCCGUAAACUAGAGCAUUAUGAGAAAUGAGGCGGACUAAUGUGGCAAUUACAAGAAACAUGAGACAUUUCUGCUCGAUGAAAUGCACCAGAGAUGAGCUUCACUCAGAUUAUGGAGCAAUUGUAGAAGAUGUGCCGCCAAAUGGAAACAGAUUUCUGCACUUAGAUCUCAAAGAUGGAAUUUCCUCACCCAACAAGUGCUCCGUUUUUAUGCUCUGAAAUGAUGUUACAACUCUGAGUAAACAAGAUGAUAUCCAGAACCACAGCUCACUCACAGCCGUGUCUCUAGCGUACUCAACAUAGCAACAGUCUGUUAUUCCUAGAUAACAA